UUAGUGAACAGUUGGUGGUGGCCAACUUGCCGGUUAGCUUUGGCAAUAAUAUUAUUGUAGUUCAGCUUGGGUUAAAGCCAAGGCAUUCACAAUUGCAGAAUACUCUUUUAAAUGUGAUUACAUAGGUUUACAAAUAUUACAUAUUUACGAAAUAAUUACGGAAUAGUUUGCCUUCGGCCUAUUGUAGCUACUAAGUGUUGCUUUAAAAAAAUCAAAUCACAGACGACAAAAAAUCAAACUAACAACAACGCAUCAGCAAAUACGUAUGUAAAAAUAUAAAAAACACAAAAAAGGGGAAAUUUGUUUACCAACUACCGGUAUUUCCUCUAUUCGACUGACAAUUGUGAGAAACUGUCCCAACUACUACAUAUAUAUUAUCAACACAUUCGUCAUUGUUGUUGGAAUCAAUCGGUGGCGGCAACGGCUGAGGCAACAAUAAUUGUCCAAUUGAGAUUUCUCACAUAAUUGCAAAUUCAACAGAAUCACAGAAUAGCAGGUAGAAAAAUGCAGUGGCAAAAAUAACGAGCAAGCUAUGCGCCGCAAAAUAAGUAAUAAUAAACAAAGCUACAACUACAACAAUUUUGUUAGUAAAUUUUCUACUCAUUAACGUCAAAGGAGUUUAACAAAACGGAAAUUGUCUGUAGCUUGUUUGCCUGAAUUAUUGUUGCUAAUAUUGGACGUAAAUUAACAUAAAAAUACGAAAACGCUUCGAAUUCAUUUCCAAUUUGUGUGUUGAUACAGAGUAGAUCUGUUGUCAGUCUAGCGUCCAGAGCCUAAAUAUCGCGCGCAUUGCUGGUGUGCAACUCGAAAGUCAAAAUUUGAAUUUGCAGAUUUUGCUGGCUACUUCACGAUUUGAAUGUUUUCACAAGUUUCCUAAGCUUAAAAAACCACAUUAGAGGCCGCAAUAGACUACGUUCCCAAAUACUUACAGAAGUGUUUUUAUUUUCAAGUGAUAGAAAGUGCGCUAAAUAAAGUUCGUGUGACUUUUUGUAAUCUCCAAAAUCUAAACAAAAUAGUUUUAUGAGUCCCGAAGUACUUUGUGAGUGGCCGCCAAAAAGUUGAAUCAUUAAAACAAACAACAAUAAAAGUCAACCGUAAAGUGACUUGAGUUGAGAGCUUUGCUUUGUAUUAGUCAGUCUUUCGGAAUUUUGGCUUUGUUUUUCGUUGGAAAUCAUGCAGACUUUGAAUAUUGCGGUGCUGCUCGCUUUGACCUGCUGCAAUGUUUUUCAGAUGACGCUUGCCAAAGAUUUUACCUACAAUGGGGCUUUGGGUCCUGAUCAUUGGGCUGAACAAUUUCGAACGUGCAGUGGCAAGCAUCAAAGUCCCAUCAAUAUUGAUUCGCUAAAUGUGGUGAGACGCACCUAUCAGCCAAUGAUAUUCGAGAAGUUUCAGGAGCCACCUAAAAAUGCUGAAAUACUGAAUAAUGGACACACAGUGGUGGUACGUCUUGACUUCGCUGGCAAACGUCCAACCAUAUCGGGUGGUCCCCUGGAUGGUGAAUUUGUUUUCGAACAAUUGCAUUUUCAUUGGGGCGAUAAUGACACCGUUGGUAGCGAAGAUCGCAUAAAUAACAUAUCAUUUCCCGCUGAGUUACAUAUGGUUUUUAAAAAUACCAAAUAUCAAACAUUUGGCGAGGCAGCGAAGGAGGGUAACGGUGUCACAGUUUUGGCCUUUUUCUAUGCGAUAGUAGCGCAUGAUAAUUUUGAUUAUGCUGAAUUCACUGAUCUUUUGGAGCAAGUCGUUAAACCGGAUUCGGUUGCUAAGUUCCGCGAUCCACCCUGCCUUUGGGAUUUCAUACACUUUGAUGUUCAGGAAUACUAUACCUAUAUAGGAUCAUUGACAACGCCACCUUGUAGUGAGGAUGUAACAUGGAUCGAUUUUCAGACGCCAAUAAGCAUAUCUGCUAAACAGAUCGAGCAUUUUCGCCGUCUGUACACGCACGGCAACAAACCGUUGACCCACAACUUCCGUCCAUUGCAGCCGCUGAACGAUCGCACCGUCUUUUGCUCACUUCCUUUAACGAAUCCUGAUGAAACUGGCCUGGAGCUGCAAAGUGCUGUACCUUUCGUGGAUAAUUUGGUUGGUGGCGCGUCCACACACAAGCCGGCUGAAAUUAGUCUUACGGUCAUGGCACUUCUAUCAAGUUCGUUCCUAUUCACAAAGGCCACCUUAGCAGCGUUAAUUUAAGCACACUAAAAGUAUUACAUUGCCUCAAUAUUAAGUUUGUGUUAAUUUAUUGGCUAUUACUGGCCUCAUUCGAUGCUUAUUACAUUACACACCGUAUUUGUAUUAAAUAAGUAAGUUCGCUCGAAAACGCUCGUAUGCACAUACAUUAGGGCGGGUCAUAUGUGCAUACACAAAUUUUUUGUUUCAGAAAACUACACCAAGUUUAAAACCACCCGAAUGGCAAGUUUACGUGCGAGUAUUUCGGAUCUGAAAAAAAUUAAAAAUACUUUUUUCCAUAACUUCGGUAUAUGCCACCCGAUUUUUAUAAGCCACGCAUAUAGUUUGGUAGAGUUAUCGGAGUACUAGUAAGUUGCCCCAACUUAUUUAUAUACGAGGAGCAUGUUCGUAAAUAUUAGUACAUAAUCAUUUAGUUGACGAUUUUUUUUACUAUUAAAAUAUUGUAAAAUUUUUUAUAAAACAACAUUCGUUUCUGUUUUGAGCUACAACAAGCAAUUUGAAAUUAUUUAUUUAUUUAUUUGGUUACACCAAAAAAGUCCUAAGCUAACUUGUUUUUUUUUUUUUGUAUACUUAAUUGAACACCUUAGUAAGUUUUGAAGGGUUUUAAUACUUAAAAAAAGAAAAAAUCCAUUUGUGAGAUACAACUCUGAGCACAAGACUUCACAAGCAAACUACGAACAGGUCUUUCGAGUAGAAAACUUUAGAAGAAAUACAGCAAUCGUCGAUUGCUUAAUAUCAAUGUAAUGUUUAUUAAAAUCGGGCUUCAAAUGUUAAAGCAAUGGUAAAAAUGUAUUUUUGCAAAUGUUAGGGUAAGCCAAACAAAAGGUUUUUUUCGAGAUAUAUCCCAGACAAGCUUUUAAAUAGCAGGUGCCUUCUUCGAACUUUUUUUCGACUCGCUUUAAUGUGCACAAUGUAAUGUACGAGUAUAUCUAAAUAUGUGCCGCUCAAUGUGUAUUUAAGUAUUUGUAAAAUUUUAUUUAGUAGUAGAAAGUAAAGAUUUUCACUUCAUACAUUUCUAUAUCUAAGUAUUUAUGUAAAAGUGUUAUUCUAUUAAAUCAGCUGAUAUUUGUUUAACUUUUGAAAAUAGUAAAUAUAUGUAUGUAAAUAUU